CUCGGCUCAAAAUGUAGAAUAUCUUAUGUUGUUCAAUAUAUCAUCAACACUUUAUAAUAUCAAACUAAACAAUGUGCGAGUGUAGCUGCAAAUAUGAGCCGGAGGUUUGUGUCAAGUUCUAUAUUUUAUGGUGCUUGGCCUUUGGAGGUGGCUUUACGAUCUGCGGCUUCACAAGAGGAGUCAAUGGUUUCUUAAAAGCUUCGGACUCCUCGAUGCAUCUGGUCGAUGGAGUUUGUAAUAUUAUAACAGGCAUCGCUGCGUUGACAUAUUUUAUCGCUGGAAUUUUGUUUCUAAUAGGUUAUAAGAAGGGAAACAAGAACUAUUUUAGGGCGGGCAAAAUCCUGAGUUAUAUUUUCCCCAUAUUGUCUUUUUUCUUAAUUUUUACACUAGUUGUUCAUAUCUGUGUAAUCUUGAAAGUAUCUGAAUUUGUCAAGGAAGUUUGGGGAUAAUUCUAAGGAUUCUUUUUUCGACAUAAUCGUAGUUUAAAUUUUAAAUUUUUAAAAGGAAUGACUUGGUUCUGUGGCCUUGUUUUAUAUUUAAAAUUAUAUAAUCAAUAUUAGAGCUUAAAAAUUGAAGUCAUGCCCUGAAAAUGAAGAGCCUAGAUCGUUUUUUUAUGGUCCUUAUAUUUGUAUAGCCCUUCUACUUUAAAUAAGCAAAUUAAUAUUAUUAAGUGGCUCUUAAAUAUUAUGUGGAAUAAAUCAGAACUGAAGCCUGACAAUAAGAAAA